UAUAAUGUGGAGAUAACGACAUAAUUGAUUUAAUAAAUUAUCAAGCCAUGUAACUUUCAAGACCUCUUAUGUAUACAAAUUAAAAUAUUAUUCUUUAUAAAUUUCACCAUAGUACAUCUUUUAAAAUUAAAAGAAGAUACAGUUAAAGGAUUUUUCAAUUUUACCAGACAAAGUUAUGAGGUAAAUGAAGAUGAUAAAUCCUGAACAGGACCCAGAAUUGAUGAGCGUGUUUACAAUCGAUGACGAUGAUGAUGAUGCUGAAGAUAGUGAUGAGGAAUAUUAUCCAAUAAGCCCGACGGGUAAGACACUAAGGGAGGUGGAGGACCCUUAUGAUAAGACAGUGAGAAUUCAGCAGGCUAAUCGAGAACUGUUCUCGCAGCCAGGCAAUCGCAAGAAGCAACCCAACAAGGUCACCUUCGAUCCUGUACCCAAAAUGAUAAUCCUCAAUGACACCGGAGAUGUAACAGGAAUGGUCGAGCUAACGGGCAUCCUUCCACAAACAGAGACGGACCAAGAGGAGCGUGAACGGCAGCAAAGACUGAAAAAUUCGUACCGCCGUCGGCAGACCCCGAUGUUUUUGGCGUCUCGCCACACCUCGCAGCCCUCCACCUCCUCCACGACCACCCUACCCAUCGCACCUCGCCUCACCGUCAAACCCAGGAGAGCCACCUCACCAGUCUGAAACACUCAACAUUGAUCUCGAGUCUGUAAAGCACGGAGAACACAGGUCUCAAUUGGCUCAAGUAAAUUAACAACACAAUUUCAUAUUUUAAGACAGUCAUUUAUUUCGAACAGUUACAAACUUCUCACAGAAGAGAUGUAUGUACAUAGAUAGAUAUAACGUGGCGAAAGCAAAAGACGAUUACAACUGUGGAAAAAUAAAAUUUACUAUAGAAUACUUAGUACGUUUGAGCUUUUUUCACAACAAUGUAGGUUUUCAGUUCUAUGUAGUUACCUGGGUUACACACUUAUAAUUUUUAUUAUACAAAAUAUUUUUGGACAAGAGUCCAAAGUUAAUGUUACAAUGUGAAAUUUUUAAAUGAAGCGUUGAAUAACCUUGAAUAACUGAAUAUACAAUAAUCUUAGUCACAAUAUUAUAUUAUCACAAAAUAUACUCUGUCUCAAGAGCUCAAAUGCUUCACUGACCAGACUAUUCCAAAAUGCUGUAAAUGCUUACGAUAUUAUCCAAGUACUAAUUUUCUAAAAUCAUGUAACGAUUAAUUUGGUAUAUUAAAACCCUAAUUCAAUGUAAAUGUUGUAGGGUAUAUCAUUAAUAUACAAGUAAUACAUCAUAUUCCUUUAUAAUUGCGUCUUCAAUAAUCCUCUUAUCCUGACAUUCUUAACCCUUUGAGUCCCUCGAAAUCCUACCAUUUUAUCCAUAUUGUGCAACGCAAAGAAAUAAUAAAAUAUUUUACUGCACCACUUUCAAAUCGUCUAAUCACAAAUAAGUGAAAAAGCGUAAUUGAAAACCAUGUGUCGUAAAAAAGGUAAAUUAACCUAUUACAAUUUUUCUGUUGGUAUACUGUGUGCUGAUGAUGCAUUUACAAUUUUUUUCGGUUUCAUUGCGCUUUCAAAUAACAAGUAACUGUUAGUAUAAAACACAACCAAGAGGCAUAGAUGAUAUUUAUAGGCAAAAUUUACUUUAUAUUUAAAAAUUAAAAAACUAAUUAAGUUGUAUAUUUUACGAUGGUAAAAUCUGUUUUACUCAUACGUUUUCCACUCUGAAAAAGAAUUUCUAAUACUGUAAAGAGAAAAAAAUUUUGGAGAUUAUAAAAUUCAAAAAGAUUUUAACAAAACAAAAAUGUGUAGCAUGCAAUUUGUAUAAUUGUAUUACUUGUAUAUACAAAUAUACACUUUGAAUUUUAGGGUACAUAUUGUAUGACACUUAAAGGGUUAAAAAUUCUGUUUUAUGAAUAAUUAAUUUCAAAAUUUAAUAAAAUUAUUAGUUUAUAUAACUUAUACUAAUGAUAUCUUAAAUAAUACUAAUAAAUAAAUUGUUAACUACUUAAGAGUAUACUUAACCUAAAAUUAGCUGCCGAAAUAUUAACUAAUAGUAAAUUAUAAAGGCAGUGUAAGAUGAUUAGUCAUCACAGUUUGCUCACGGGAUGGAGAUUUAUCGUUUUGCAAUUUUACAAAAAUUGUGAAAAUGUAAAAAACGUAAUAAUUUUGUUUCGUUAUGUGAACUACAUUCUAAAAAUCUUUAAAAUGUUUAUUUUACAUAAAUGAAUUUCUAGUUGCUUUGAAAAUAAUAAUGUUAUGAUAAAAUAAUUCUUCAAAGAAAUAUUUACAGAAUAUUGUAGUUUUACACUGUCAUUAUUAUUUACCUUUUGUAGCAUUAAAGGUUUAUCUGAGAACAGGAAACCAUAUUUUAUUUCUAUAAAUUAUAAUAUAGAUAUUUCACAGAAAAUUAUUCUAAAACUAAGAAACAACUUGAUUCGGAAUCUUUGAUUUUCUCACUGACUACUUAAGUCACAAUAAUGAAUCAGUCCACUUAUUAAGUAUGCUGAAUGCCUAAUCCUAGAAUAAUAAACAAUAUUUACAUAAAUGUUUAACAAAUAGUAUAUAAUGUUUUAUGUACAACAACCGGGUACAGUUCAAGGACACAAAUAAGCUAUCAUGUAACGUCAAGAGCACUUUAAAAGACACUAACAGAAAGUUAUAAAAAAAGGUGUAUGUAUAGAAAAUUCAUACUUCAACAAAAAGAGGUACAAAAAUAAAAUGCGAAAAGUUCCCUGAACCGAAAUACAAAACUGAAGCUUCUAAGAAUUCCAAAACCCUGUAAAGAGAAAUAGCCCCACUAAGGAAGAUAUAACAUUGGUUAAUAAAUAGGCUGUUUAUACAUUAGCACCUUAAUUCAGCCAAAUAUUUUUUGUAAUUUUCACAAACGAGUGACAAGAAACGGUCACUACACGGACAUGUACAAAAUGGACAUAACAGGAGCUGUUAUAUUCGUAAAAAUACUAAUAAACAUGCAGUAAAUGUUGUAAAGGACACUUGAGUGAAAAUAAUAAAUAACUGGCUUUAAACAUACACAUCGCUAACUUGUUU